AUUUGCGAUGAAGAUGAUUGUUGUGAUAAGAUAACUGGCGAUGAAGACGGCCGUUGCGUUAAGGCAACUGGUGACGACGUUACGGUAACUGGUGGUGAUGAAUGUUUCACAAAUGAGGCCGGAGAUGGUGAUUGUUGUUGUGCUAAGGAAGAAGAUUGCUGCGCCAAGGAAGAAGAUUGUUGCGCUAAAGUAAAUGGCGAAGAAAACAAAUUAUCUGUAAGAAUGCCUGACCAAAGAGAAAAUUGUGUAGACGCUGAGGUUCUUGUUUCAUUAUUGUUAUCUUUUAUCGGAGUUCGAGACGGGAACUCCGAUUUCGUUUUUAUUCUGGCCGAUGGAACUCCGGCGAUUGCGGCGCAAAAAGUCCCCCAAGAGGAUAGGAAUGUCAAUUCUUCAUCGUUGUCAUCCCUCACAAUUUCCAUGAUGUUCCAUGACACCACAAAACAAACCGGCACCAUCUAUUUAGUUCAUAUUUAA